AUGGAAGAUCAAAGCCUCGCCCACAGCCAUGGGGCGGCUGUGCCAUCUGAAGUCGUUACUGAGAUGCUUCGCACACCCUGGAGUGACGUCUACCGUAUCAGCCCAGAUGGUCAGAAGUACAUCUCACCACAAUGCCUUAUUGGCACCCCUGUGCAAAAGAUCACUGAAGACAGCGACUACUGGAUGCCGAGAUGGCUCUCUCUCGAAUCCUACCUGGCACAAGAGGACUCGGAAGAAAAAAGGAAGAGAGACUCAAAGGAGCAGCUCCGACUCGACCCCUAUAACAAGGACUUUGCCAAGAAACACAAGCUCCACAUGGAUAAUGUGUCUAAACAACGCAAGAUCCGAGAAAUCUUCGGCCAUGAUUCGCCAUACCACCCAAAUCAGCUGGUCUCCAAACACCACCUCCCAACGGAUGGACUAUGUGAGCAGGAACUGAUGUACAAGCUUGCUUGCAAGGUAUCUGACUUGCGAGUUCUACAUGAUAAAGGGGAACUUGCCAUGGACCCCUGGGACUUCCUCCGUUGGCGGAUUGCAAAGAAGAUCCAGUCCAUGUUCACAAUGUCUGCUCAGAGCGGCAGGGAUAUAAUCAAAAGAAUUAUAUUCAGCAUUUGUGAGGACUCAAGUUCAAAGAGCGCCUCUAAGCACUACGAGGACCCCAAGUUGCGCGCUGCUAUUAUACGCUCGGCUGGCUACCAAGGUCGACUGGCCAGCUUCCGUAAGGCAGGCGACAGGAACAGGGUCACCAAGAUCAAGACCAACACCAACACAGCCGGUAUUGGACGUAUCACUCAACGACGCUCAAAACUCGACCCAGUUCCGUCCGCACUCAGUCGGGAGUCAGCACUCAGUCGGUCUGAUAAGCGCCAGAAGAGGUUAUCUCAGCCUUCAACAUACGGCGGGGUGAAUGCUUACCGGGCACAACAACAACAGAGAGGCAACUCAAAGCUCUAA